GGACGACGGCAGGCAUGGGCUCUAAGGACGGACACCCCGCCACCGCCGCCGCCGACGCCGUGUACCUCCACGGCGUCCUGGAGGUGACGGUGUUCGAGGCCGACCACCUCCACAACGCCAUCCAUGGCCAGAUCAUCAAGGCGACGGAGAAGCUGGAGCAGUCGCUGGGCGUGCACUGCCUCCAGCGGAGCAGCCUGUACGUGGACGUCGACGUCGGCGCGGCGCGGGUGGCGCGGACCUGCGAGGUGGAGCCCCACGCCAACGGCCCGGUCUGGAACCAGUCCUUCCGCCUGCACUGCGCCUACCCUGCCGCCGCCAUCACCUUCACCGUCAAGAGCCAGCACCUCAUCGGCGCCGGCGUCCUCGGCCACGGCUCCGUGCCCACGGCCAGCGUCGCCGCGGGGGAGCCCCUCGAGCUCUGGGUCGGCCUCCGCGGCGGCGAGCGCGCGCACGGGACGCACACCCCGAGGCUCCGCGUCCGGCUGCGCUUCCUGGACGUCGAGCGCGACCCGUGCUGGGACGCCGGCAUUCGGCUGCCCGGCUUCGCGGGGGUCACGCCGGCCUUCUUCCCGGAGCGGACCAACUGCGGCGUCACGCUGUACCAGAACUCGCACCUGUCCAACGGGUUCGACCCGUCGGUCCGCCUCGACGGCGGCCGGCCGUACCGCCCGGCGCGGCUGUGGGAGGACCUGUACGUGGCCAUCCGCGACGCGCGCCACUUCGUGUACGUCGCCGGGUGGUCGGUGAACACGGCGAUCACGCUGGUGCGCGACGCGAGCCGGAUGAUCCCCGGCGCGGAGGGCGUCACGCUGGGCGAGCUCCUCAAGCGGAAGGCCGACGAGGGGGUGGCGGUGCUGGUGAUGCCGUGGCAGGACAAGACGUCCGUCCCGUUCCUCGGCAAUACCGGCGUGAUGAAGACGCACGACGAGCAGACCCGGGCCUUCUUCCAUGGCACCAGCGUGCGGUGCUUCCUCUGCCCGCGCGACGCCGACACCGCGCUCACCCUGGUGCAGAGCAUCGAGAUCAGCACCGAGUUCACGCACCACCAGAAGACGGUCACCCUCGACGCCGCCACGCCGGGCAGCGCCGACGCCCGCCACGUCGUUAGCUUCAUCGGCGGCAUAGACCUCUGCGACGGCAGGUACGACGACGAGAACCACACCCUGUUCCGGGAGCUCGACACGACCUACUCCCGCGACUUCAUGCAGAACAACUUCCGGCACGCCUCCCUGCGGCACGGCGGGCCGAGGGAGCCAUGGCACGACGUGCACUGCAGGCUCGAGGGCCCGGCGGCGUGGGACGUGCUCGCCAACUUCGAGCAGCGGUGGAAGAAGCAGGCGCCGCGGAGGAUACGGGGCUGCCUGCUCGACCUGAGCCCGGCGACGUUCCCCGACCCCUACACCUUCGACAGCGACGGCGGCACCGGCUCGUGGAACGUGCAGGUGCUCCGGUCCGUCGACGACGCGUCGGUGGUCGGAUUCCCCACCGACCCGGCCGGGGCGGCCGCGAUGGGGCUGACGAGCGGCAAGGACCUCACGAUCGACCAGAGCAUACAGACCGGCUACGUCGAGGCCAUCCGCCGCGCGCGGCGGUUCAUCUACAUCGAGAACCAGUACUUCCUCGGCGGGUGCGCGUCGUGGGCGGAGGACCGGGACUCCGGCUGCCUGAACCUGGUGCCCGUGGAGAUCGCGCUCAAGGUCGCCGCCAAGAUCCGGCGCGGCGAGCGGUUCGCCGUGUACGUGGUGACCCCGAUGUGGCCCGAGGGGGAGCCGGCGAGCGACUCCAUCCAGGCCAUCGUGCGGUGGAACCGGCUGACCGUGGAGAUGAUGUACGGCAUCGUGAUGCAGGCGAUCGACGACGCCGGGUUGCGCGGCCACGCGCACCCCUGCGACUACCUCAACUUCUUCUGCCUCGGGAACCGGGAGGCGCGGCGCCCCGGGGAGUACGUGCCGCCAGCGAAGCCGGAGAAGGGCACGGACUACUGGCGCGCGCAGGCGAGCCGCCGCUCUCCCAUCUACGUCCACGCCAAGCUCAUGAUCGUGGAUGACGAGUACGUGAUCGUGGGGUCGGCGAACCUGAACGAGCGGUCGCUGGCGGGCAACCGGGACAGCGAGAUCGCGCAGGGGAGCUACCAGCCGGCGCACCUGAACGGGCCGGGCGGCGGGCGCGCCCGGGGGCUCGUGCACGGGUUCCGGAUGUCGCUGUGGCACGAGCACUUCAUGAGCCACACGGGCGCCGGCGCCGGCGAGGGCGUGUUCCUGGAGCCCGAGAGCGCGGAGUGCGUGCGCGCGGUGCGGCGCGCGGCGGAGGCGCUGUGGGACGCGUACACGCGGGACAGGGUGGAGGACCUGGGAGGGCACCUGCUGCCGUUCCCGAUCAGCGUGUCGGAGUUCGGGGAGGUGGCCGACCUGACGGCCGACGGCUGCUUCCCGGACACCAGGGCGCCGGUCAAGGGGAGGAAGUCGGCCACCCUUCCGGCCAUCCUGACCACUUGAGUCCGUUCUUCUGUCACGUGAGGAGUACGUAAAGACGAACCUUAUUCAUAUAUUCAUAUGAUUGACUGGCACUCCCUCCGCUCCCCCAAAAAAUUGACAACUUUCAUUUAUUUUGGGACGGAAGGAGUCUGAAGUAGCAAUGCCACAAAAGAGAGUAAGCAAGCGUAUAAAGGGACCUGAUGAGCUCUAUAAAAAGUGAAAUCCAGUUUGAAUUUUCCAAGCGCACUUUGUUGUGUCGCUGAGUAGACGCACUACGUGGCUAAAUUAUUGUACUACCAAAAAAGAGUCGUCUCAUGAGAUCAUCGGGUGUGAAUUUAUUGUGAGUAAAUUGCAUAAAACCAUCAUGU